CAUUGGCUGCUAUGGCAUACCAUCAAGAACCAGAAUCAGAACUAGAAGUCGAUGCAUUCCACCUGAAUUCGGAGUCGAAUCAAAUGGAAUCGCUGCCUAGUCUCGACGAAGUAGAGGAGAUUCUCGGUUACAAGUUCGAGAACUGGAGAUUAUUAGAGGAGGCUUUUACAGAUUCAUCGUUUCCAGAUAAACGCGUUUCUUAUGAGCGGUUAGAACACGUCGGAGAUUCUGUGCUUAACCUCCUUUUCACCAAAGAACAUUACUUCAAGUAUCCAGAUUUGCCACCCGGCACCUUGACCCGUCUCCGUGCCGCCAAUGUUGAUACUGAAAAGCUCGCACGUGUGGCCAUCGAACACGGGUUGCAUCGCUUUUUGCGUGACAAGAAACCCCUUCUUGACGAACAAAUUCGAGAAUUCUCACAAGCAAUCUUGGAUUAUUCACUGCACUCCAAUGGACUAAUAGAUGUGCCAAAAGUCCUUGCAGACAUUGUUAAAUCACUCAUUGGGGCUGUUUUCAUUGAUUGCAAUUCUUCGAUUGACACUGUUUGGAAGGUGUUCAAGAAUUUGUUGGAACCCAUAAUUAGUCCAGAAAUGCUCAAGAUACAUCCAGUAACGGAGUUGUAUGAAUUAUGUCAAAAGAAACAUUUGAAAGUGAAAUUCGUGGAUUUGUGGAGAGAAAGCAUGGCUUUCGAUGUGUUCAUAGACAAUCAGCUUGUGGGAAGAGGAACCUACGGCCUCAAGAAAGAAAUUGCUCAUAAUAGAGCAGCCAAGGAUGCAUUAGACAACCUUGGAAGAAUACUGGGCGAGAAAGACAGUACAGAUGAAUCAUGAUCUUGAUUUCAUUCUGUCAGUUUAUAUGUUUGUAGGCUUUGUUUGUUUCCUUUUAUGUUCUUAAAUACUAAAUCUCAUUUUGAUGUGAUCAAUUUCAAAAAAUCAUGCUAUGCCGUAUGGGUGCUUGUAAAUGAAACUCUGUUUUCAUUUUCUAAUUCCUAGAACUUUUUUUAAGUGUC